AUGCUCGUUUGGAUACGUCAAACUCGUGUCUGUUUGGGUACGUCAAAUUCACUUCGACCAGUCUCCCUAUUAAGGAUCUCUAGCAGGCACUGCUUCAAAACAAAAACACUUUACACGCUGCAGGAGAAAUGGGCGAAUUUGUGCACACGUUUAACGAUAUUGUCCGUUUCUUUCAAAGGUACACGCCGCGCGGAAUUUCAGAAUGUGCCAUAGACAUUGUUGCCAGCGAUUUUCUACACUUUUAGUGCAAUUAAAAACGUACCUGGCAACAAUGGCAAGCGAUUCGAAAAAGUAGAUCAACAAAAACAAAAAGCGCAGUCAGUAUGGGAUUUGACAGCGAGCAUUUGCCGAAAGUGCGGCGCGUCGUUUCGAGGCUGAUAUGCCGCGUGUCUUUUUCAGGAAUACGCGCAAUAUUCCCCCCAUGUCGACGCCUGACCCACCCCGAGUUCGUCUUGUUUUUUUGUGGUUGUCAAAAGAGUUCGUCUUGUUGUUGCCACCGUUGCCACAAAUUCGUAGAUUUCCAGCGGUUUUCGCUUCUCCGCCGAUUUGUCCAGCUGCUGCUGCUCCAGCAGCAGCUGGACGAAUCGGCGGGGAAACGAAAAUCGAUGGAAAUACCGUUGUUUGUGGACGAGGAACUCAAGACCGAGGAGGAAGUGCAAGCCAAGCUUGAUCUGGACGAAAACGAGGUGAAAAUUGUCGACGCGAGCGAGGAAAACGUGACUGUCAACGAGGAGGUGGUAAUCAACCAACAUUGAAGAGGGCGACGGCGGCGUGAAGGCGGUUGA